UAGGUCAGCAUCAUCUUGUGUGGUAGCGUCCACUUGUUAGCAGCCUCACACACACUCAUUUCUCUCUUAAAUACACCAGCUGGUUAAUAUACCUUGGGAAGUUUGUGGUUUAUUAUGGAAGAGAGUUGGUGGAUGUGUUAGAUGAGUGAUGUAAGCGAGGGUGGAGAGGAGGGUAGUGAAACAUUGGUGUUACUGGUGUAAUGGAGGAGCACAGCAGCGCGAGUCAACACUUGCCAAGGUGAAGCUGCUACCCUUUGUUCCAUCAUAUUCUCCCUCCAAAAUCCUCCCAACCGUCAGUCAUACAUACUUUUCUACACAAGUGCACUCGGGGCUCUCUCUAGCUCCUGGACGACCUUCAACAAGUGUAAAGUUCCAAUGAGACAAAUAUAUUUUAGAAUUAAAACAGUGUAUGUAAAAUGUAAAUGGAGAGUGAGAGAAUUUUUAGUUGAACAUCCUGUUGCGAAGAACAGGACUUAUUAGAGUCUGCCGGAUACUGAAGACUCAGAAAGUUACUUGUGGUAUAUUACCUGACAAAUAUAUCUUCACAAUGCCUGCAGUAAAUGGAACGGAUGUACCGAACAAUAUACCAAACCCCUUGGGGGAUGAUGGUAAAGUACCUGGUCCAAAAAAGAAGACUGGAAAGUCAGUGGAAACAGUAUACCAGAAGAAAACACAGCUUGAGCACAUUUUACUCCGUCCUGAUACUUAUAUUGGCUCGGUGGAAUUUACAACUGAGCAGAUGUGGGUAUAUGACAUGGAACUGGAAAAGAUUGUGCAGAAGGAAAUAUCAUAUGUGCCAGGUCUCUACAAGAUCUUUGAUGAAAUUUUGGUAAAUGCUGCAGAUAAUAAGCAGCGAGACAAAUCUAUGGAUGUCAUUAAAGUAGAUAUUGAUCCAGAAAACAACCAAGUGUGUAUAUUCAACAAUGGAAGGGGCAUUCCAGUAGCAAUGCAUAAAGAUGAGAAGAUGUAUGUCCCAACUAUGAUCUUUGGCCACCUACUGACGUCAUCCAACUACAAUGAUGAAGAACAAAAGGUUACUGGUGGGCGCAAUGGUUAUGGUGCUAAGCUGUGUAAUAUCUUCAGUAAUAAAUUUGUUGUUGAAACGUCUUCACACGAAUACAAAAAAACUUUCAAACAGGUUUGGGGCAACAAUAUGAGCAAGGCUAGUGAACCGAAAAUUAAGGAUUAUACAGGAGAAGAUUUCACAAGAAUUACAUUUUCACCAGACCUUGCAAAGUUUAAAAUGGAAUCUUUAAAUGCUGACAUAGUUUCCCUCAUGUCUCGAAGAGCAUAUGACAUUGCUGCUUCAACCAGGGGAGUUAAAGUCUUUUUGAAUGGAAAGCGUAUUCCACUGAAGGGUUUCAAGGACUACGUGGAUUUCUUCAUUAAAGAUAAGGUGGAUGAUGCUGACAAUCCAAUUAAAGCUGUUUAUGAAAAUGUAAAUGAAAGGUGGGAAGUGGCUGUCGCACUCUCUGAUAAAGGUUUCCAGCAGAUGUCUUUUGUAAACAGUAUUGCUACAACUAAGGGUGGCCGACAUGUAGAGCACGUGACUGACAUGAUUGUGAAGAAUCUUACUGAAGCAUUAAAAAAGAAAAACAAGAGUGGUGUUCAGAUAAAACCAUUUCAAAUAAAGAAUCAUAUGUGGGUAUUUGUAAAUUGUCUCAUUGUAAACCCCACAUUUGACUCUCAAACCAAGGAAAACAUGACGCUCCAAGCUAAAAGUUUUGGCUCUAAGUGUACACUUUCUGAGAAAUUUACCAACAGUGUUAUAAAGUGUGGCAUUGUAGAAUCUGUGAUGGCAUGGGCAAAGUUUAAGCAGCAGGCUCAACUCCAGUCAAAAUGUGCAAGCAAAAAGCAAACUAAAUUAAAAGGUAUUCCAAAACUAGAAGAUGCCAACGAUGCAGGAACCAAGUUUUCAUCUGAUUGUACCCUAAUCUUAACUGAGGGAGACUCAGCCAAGACUUUGGCUGUAGCAGGCCUUGGAGUAGUUGGCCGAGAUCGAUAUGGUGUUUUUCCUCUUAAAGGUAAAUUGCUGAAUGUUCGUGAAGCAUCUCACAAGCAGAUUUUGGAAAAUUCUGAAAUCAAUAAUAUUAUCAAGAUCUUGGGUUUACAGUAUAAGAAGAAAUACGAGUCUUGGGAUGAUAUGAAGACUCUUCGCUAUGGCAAAUUAAUGAUCAUGACUGAUCAGGAUCAGGAUGGUUCUCACAUUAAGGGUCUGUUGAUCAACUUCAUCCAUCAUAAUUGGCCUACACUGCUUCGGCAUUCUUUUAUGGAGGAAUUCAUUACCCCAAUUGUCAAAGCCACUAAGGGAAAGGAGGAAAUUUCGUUCUACUCCUUACCUGAGUUUGAAGAAUGGAAGAAAUCAAAGGACAACUGGCCAAGUUACAAGAUAAAAUACUACAAAGGUUUGGGUACAUCUACUUCCAAGGAAGCUAAAGAGUACUUCAAUGACAUGGUGCGCCAUCGGAUUCGCUUUAAUUAUGGUGGAGCACAAGAUGAUCAUUCCAUUCAAAUGGCAUUUAGUAGAAAGGCUGUGGAACAACGCAAGGAGUGGUUGACAGGAUGGAUGGAAGAAUGCAAGCGGCGGAAGGAACUAGGUCUGCCAGAUAUCUACCUCUAUGAAAAAGACACACGGGUUGUUACAUACUCUGAUUUUGUCAACAAGGAGUUGGUUCUCUUCUCAAAUUUGGACAAUGAACGUUCAAUUCCAUCAUUAGUAGAUGGAUUUAAGCCUGGACAGAGAAAGGUGAUGUAUACAUGCCUAAAGCGAUAUGAAAAGAAAGAAGUUAAAGUGGCUCAGCUUGCUGGUUCAGUUGCAGAACAUUCAGCAUAUCACCAUGGUGAAGCUUCACUUAUGUCCACAAUUAUCAAUUUGGCACAGAACUUUGUGGGUUCAAAUAAUAUUAACCUGUUGAUGCCAAUUGGUCAGUUUGGUACUAGGCUUCAGGGUGGUAAAGACUCUGCCAGCCCUCGAUACAUCUUCACUAAAUUAAGCCCACUUGCAAGACUCAUCUUUCAUCCACACGAUGAACCAUUACUGAAGAAUAAUUAUGAUGACAAUCAACGAAUUGAACCAGAGUGGUACUUACCUAUCAUUCCAAUGGUGUUGGUAAAUGGAGCAGAUGGUAUUGGCACUGGAUGGAGCACUAAAAUUCCUAAUUACAACCCUCGAGAAAUUGUGCAUAACCUAAAGAGAAUGAUUGCUGGUGAACCUCCAGUCAAAAUGAAACCAUGGUUCAAAAACUUCAGAGGCACUAUAGAUGAAUUGGAUCUUCAACGAUACAUUUCACAUGGUGAAAUAGCUGAUCUUGGCCAUAAUAAAAUGGAAAUUACAGAACUUCCAAUCCGGGUGUGGACACAACCAUAUAAGGAAACUGUCAUGGAAAGUCUUCUUGCAGGGACAGAGAAGGCUCCAGCCAUGAUAACUGACUACAAGGAAUACCAUACUGACACAACGGUACGCUUUACAAUAGUCCUAACAGAUGACAAAUAUCGGAAAGCAGCAGAAGAAGGGUUUCAUAAAGUGUUCAAACUACAGACCACAUUCAGCACCAGUUCUAUGGUACUCUUUGAUCACAAUGGUGUCUUGCGAAAGUAUGAAAAUGUUGAACAGAUAUUGCAGGAAUUCUUUGAGUUGCGUCUCAGAUAUUAUGUUAAACGGAAGGCUUACCUUUUGGGUAUGCUUGAAGCUGAAGCUUGUAAAUUAUCAAACCAGGCAAGAUUUAUUUUGGAAAAGUGUGAUGGUCGCCUGGUUAUAGAAAACAAAAAGAAAAAAGACAUGAUUGCAGAACUACAGCGGAAGGGCUAUGACUCAGAUCCUGUGAAAGCAUGGAAGAAAGCCCAAGAUCGGGAGGCUGCUCUGGAAGAGGAAGAGGAAGACAAAGAUGAAGACUCUGAUAAGGAAGAAGACAGUAAGGGCCCUGACUAUGAUUAUUUGUUGGGAUUGGCUAUGUGGAAUUUGACGAAAGAAAAGAAAGAUGAGCUUUUAAAAAAGGGGCGAGAAAAAAAAAUCAAGAGGAUUUACUAAAAAAAGACUGUAGAUGACUUAUGGCUUGAAAAUCUCAAAAAUUCUUGGAAAAAUAAUGUUUCAUCAAUACAGGUGCAUUCAGAGACUGUACCUUCUGCUUUUGGUGAAAGAGUGGUACCACAUAUUGAUGCAGAACUAAAAAAGAAAGCAGAGAAGGCAGCUGCAGCAAAAGAGAGAGGAGGAAAAAAGAAUAAGAAAGAUGUCUUGGAGAAUGAUGAUUUUGAUGAUUUGGUGUCAGCUAACACAGGCAAAUCUCUGGCUGAACGUCUUGGAAACUCACCCACCCUGAUUAUGAAGGAUGCAAAGAAAAAAGAAAGUCUGGAGAAUGACGAUUUGGAUGAAAUGGUAUCAGCCAACACAGGCAAAUCUCUGGCUGCUCGUCUUGGAAAUGCCACUGAAAUGGUUGGGAAGAAAUCUAGGGCAAAGAAAACUGGAGAUGGGAUGAGGCAAACUAAACUCAACUUUAAAAAGGCAUCUCCUAAAAAGAAGAAAGGUAAAAACCCGUGGGAGUCAGAUAGUGAAGAUGUGUCAGAUAACAUUGACAGUGAUGUAUCUAUAGAAGAUAUCCAGCCUAGAGAGCGUACUUCAGGCCGACGAACUGCAGCAUCCAACAUAAAGUUCAACUUCAGUGAGGAGGAAGCAAGUGACAGUGAAGAAUCACUUCAUGAUAACACUGGUAUAGAAGAGCCUGAAAUGAUUCCUAGCAAUUCUUUACUUGAUGAUUCAGUGCACAAAACCUCUACUGGGGAACCAAAGCCAGAUUUUAUUGUCAGUGACACAGACUCGGAGUUUGAUGAGAAACCAAAGAAAAAAAUGAAGGCUACUACUGUAAGCACAGAAAAGCCAUCAGCCUCUGAUCUCUUUGAUUCAAUGAUGACAGGGUCACCAAGUCCUCCUCCAAAAUCAAAGCCCUUCCUUAAACAAGCCCCACCUAAGAAGAGAGCAAUGAGUGAUGACAGCAGUGAUGAGGAUUCCCCUAAGCCAAAGAAGAAAUUAGGGCCCAAGAAAAAAGCUACUGCAGCAGUCACACUCGAUGAUUCUGAUGAUGAUAUCCCUAAACCCAAGAAGAAACCUGGACCAAAGAAAAAGGCUACUGCAAAGCCUUCAGGGGAUGUUUCUGAUGAUGAUAUUCCAAAAGCCAAGAAAAAAUCUGGGCCUAAAAAAACAGCAGCAGCAAAGAAAAAAGCCGAUUCCGAUUCUGAGGACAUGUUUGACAAUUAUUCUACAGCAACCAAGAAUAAAAGCCCCGACACAAACGACGAUGCAUAUGUUGUAGAUGCUCCACCUCGGGAACGACCUGGUCGUCAAAAAAAAGUAAUUACAUACACUCUUAGUGAUGAAGAAUCUGACGAUAAUUAUUAAUAGAGUAAUUUCACUUGGUUGCAAGGAAAUUUGUAUGACUGGCAGUUUCCAUGAAAUUAAGAGAUAAUUUUAUUAACAUUUUAAGGACAAUGUCAUGUGUAUAUUGCAAAAUCUGACUUCAGUAUUUAUUUUCAAUAGAAAAAAAGAUUAAAUUUCUCAUUUUAAAUUAUGUUUUUUAACAUGAAGGUUAUUUUCAGUUUUAUAUCUUAAUUUUAAUUAUUUUCAUUUUAUAUCUUCUCAUCACCUUUGUAUUAGGCGUAAUGGGAGUUACAACUUCAUGUGUGCGUUAACAGCAUUUUUGCAAGUACAAAGGGUUGGUAAUGCUAGUAACAAUGUAACUGAUUAAUUUUUUCAUUAAUUAGAUACAUUAGUAUUUUUCUAAUAUUUGAUUAACAACAAAUAUAUUGCAGAAGAUAUCUGAACUGCAAUGUAUUUCUUAGUAUUUUUCAAAAAUAUAUAUUGAAAAAAUGCAAUUAGUAGAUUUGUAGAUACUACUAGAUUUGUUUUUACAUUUUCUUCUAGAAAAUGUAGUAAUCUUUUGAACAAAAGUAGACAAAGCUGGUAUUUUAAUAUAGUUUUAGCACAAACAAAUUUUACAAAGAUCUUCAAUUUCUAUCCAUUAACCAAUUAUCUCAUUCAGUGUAUGUUUAUAAGAAUAUUUUAAGCUAAGUUUCUCAGACCUAAUUUUGGUAAAAAUAGGAUGUAAGAAAUUUAUUUUGUAUAUCUUUUGAUGAUAUUUAUUUAAAGUUUGUUCGGUGUGGCCGCAUUCCUACAUUUCUUUGCUGUCACUUUUUGAAAAUAAAGUAGAUAGAACUGACGACAAAUAAUUUAUAUCCUUAAAAUUUUGAGGUAUUAACAUUGUUAGAAUGUCUAACCCAAGGGUAAUAGAUUUGUGAGUUUUCUACCCUUAUAGCCUGGUUUGAGGUCAAACUUUCUGAUCCAAACCUAGCCCUUAUAUAGAUUUUUUUUUAUUACGAAGUUUUGAUAAAAAGUUUUGCAGCCCUUAUUUUAUAUAUGAUUGACUAUCAUUUAAGGUGGUAGUUAUGUUCCUGAAAACAGCAUCUAAUCACGUCUAAAAUGAACUGAAGAACCUAUGGGGAAAAAUAGGGCUAUGGUCAUUAGCCCCCCCCCCCCCCC